AUGUCCGGCCGCAACGUCUCCUCCCAGGGCACCGCCAGGCGCAACCCGCCCAGCAACACCAACUCCACCGCCCGUAACAACAACAACAACAACACCGGUAACACCACCACCACCGCACCCUCCAAACCCCGCACCUCCAACCGCCCCACCUGGGCCGACCUCGCCCACCCGAUGCCCCCCCUCUCGCUCGAAACCCCCUUCCUCCAAGCCGGCCUCACCACCGUCGACAUCCCGCGGCACCAAGCCUCUCUCACCAACACCAUCCGCGUGCAAGACCUGCACAAACAACGCGAACGCUUCCCCGACUGCGGCACCACCUUCCUCGUCGUCCUCACCAACGACACCAAGCGCGAGCGCGACCUCUGCUUCAAUGCCGUGGUCGCGCGCAUGAACGCCCGCAAGCCCGGUUCCAAACCCCUCCGGCUGUGCCGGUGGGAUCAGCAGGGGUGGCCGGGCAAGGGGGACCAGGCGUAUGAGGGGACCGGUGCGGCGCGCGCGGUGAAUAGGGUUUUCACGGCGCUGGGCCCGUUGUUGGUGCAUGAGGGGAAUGUGAAGAUGUUGAAGGAUAACAAGAUUGGGACGAUUUUGGUGUGUGCCGUGGACGAUUUUAUUGUGCGGCUUAAUGGCCCGGGGGUGGAUCCCGCGACGAGGGAGCUGGUGACGGAGUGUCCGGCGGAUUGGGGGUAUUUGACGUUUUGCCGGGUCAAGUUGGCGGCGGACCCCGGGUGGACAUGGACGAGUGGGAUUACGCAGGGGGCGCCGGUGCCGAUGAAUCAUUGUAUGACGGCUACGAAGGGGGGGUGGGUGGAUGGCACGAAGACUGUUGGGAAGUUGAGUAUUGGGAGUGUGAUUGGGGACGACUUUAAGGCGAAGGGGGAGGGCAGGGGGUGGGAUGAUCGCGACUGGCAGGGGAAGUUGAUUGGCAAGUCGUGGUAUGAUAUUCUGGAGGAUGCGCUGGGCAAGAUUCGCAUUCCUUUGUAA